AUGAAUACUAUUCACAUUAUAUUUUUCAUUUUUGCAUUUCUCUCAUCAUACACCUUUCAUACUAUUUCUUCAGCCACUGAUUUCUGUGUAGCAGAUUUAUCACUUCCCAAAACCCCUUCAGGAUCUUAUCCAUGCAAACCAGAAGCAAAUGUAACUGUUGAUGAUUUUGUGUUCUCUGGCUUAGUAGAGGGAAAGCCAGUAGCACCUUUUAACAGCGGAUUAACCUCCGCAACCGUCGCAAACUUACCAGGUCUUAAUGGACUUGGUAUUGCUGCAGCAAGAGUAGACGUUGGUGUAAAUGGAACUGUACCAAUUCAUAGUCAUCCAGAUGCAAGUGAAUUAAUUAUCCUUGUUGAAGGUGAAUUAACUGUUGGGUUUAUUACACCAGCAAAAGCUUAUGUGAAAACGGUUAAACCUGCUGAUGUUAUAGUUAUUCCAAAAGGACUAUUGCAUUUUGUGAUUAACUCUGGUAAAGAAAAAGCUGUUACUUUUGGAGCUUUAAGUAGCUCAAGUCCUGGUGUGCAUGUAGCUGAUUUUCUUUUAUUUGGAAAUGACUUGCCAACUUCUGUAAUUGCACAAACUACUCUACUUGAUGUGGCACAAAUUGAGAAACUUAAGGCUGCGUUUGGCGGCAGUGUUGUUUUUGCUUUUCUCUUAUCAUAUACUUUCCAUGCUGUUUCUUCUGCCACAGAUUUCUGUGUAGCAGAUUUAUCACUUUCAAAAAACACUUUAGGCUAUUAUCCAUGCAAGGAUGAAACAAAAGUUACAGUGAAUGACUUUGUUUUCUCUGGCCUGGUAGAGGGAAAACCAGUAGCACCUUUUAACGUUGGAGUAACCGCCGCAACUGUCGCAAAUUUACCAGGUCUUAAUGGACUUGAUAUUGCUGCAGCAAGAGUAGACAUUGGUGUAAAUGGAACUGUACCAAUUCAUAGUCAUCCUGAUGCAAGUGAAUUGCUUAUCAUCUUUGAAGGUGAACUAACUGUUGGAUUUAUUACACCAACAAAAGCUUAUCUGAAAACUGUUAAACCUGCUGAUGUUAUAGUUAUUCCAAAAGGACUAUUGCAUUUUGUGAUUAACUCUGGUAAAGGAAAAGCUGUUACUUUUGGAGCUCUAAGUAGCUCAAGUCCUGGUGUGCAUGUAGCUGAUUUACUUUUAUUUGGGAAUGACUUAUCAACUUCCAUAGUUGCACAGACUACUCUACUUGAUGAGGCACAAAUUAAAAAGCUUAAGGUUGUGUUUGGUGGCAAGAACUAG